AUGAAUUCGGAGGAAAUUCUAGCGAGAAUCCCGAAAAGAAAUACUGGCACUCAGAAACAUCCGAACAUGUACGCCGUCGGUGUAUCUAAACACGGUGCGAUACAUUUUCAUUUGGAAAUCGAAGGAGAACUGUACAUAACGACGCUGAGAGUCAAAUCAACAUCGAAAUCUAAGAACUCUUGCAUUCUCCGCUGCAUCCAGAAAAAAUGCCUCUCCGCAAUCGGGAUCGUCUUUCCGGAAUCUUUCAGUGGCCCGCCCCUUGAUCCAAAGUCCUACUACGAAUUUUUGAAGAACAAUCCCAACGACUUCAAUCUCGCCGAUUUCAAAUAUGUUCACUUCAAUCCCUACAAGCACAUCCACACUUGCAAUCCAAAGAAAGUCAAUGCUUUGAAUGUGAGCGAAUACGAUCUCUACCCACGACCAGUGGAUGGGGAUGACAAGAGGAUCAAGGGAACACUGACGGUCCCGCAAUUCAACAAAAACCAAAAACGCGUCGAUAGGUUAGAAUACCACCAAGAUGCUAAACGACUCCGAAUUCACGAAGAAAUGACGCGCGGGCCGGCGGAAGAAUUUGUCGAACUUACCGCAUACCAAGUCAACAACAACGACUACCUUGAAAAUCAACUACAGGACAGAAUCGACCUCGCGAAAAUCUCCGAACUUCCACAAGGCCUGGAAUACACCGACAAGCUAACCGGCAGAACCAAGAUUCCAAUCAUUGAUCCCGUGCAGCCACGAAAGAGCUCUCUCCUGAACGACGAUCCGGAAAUCAACGAUGACACCUCGUUAACCAUCGUGGUUCACGAAAGUGUCAAAGAAGAAACAAAAUUAGAAGUAAAAGAAGAGACGGAGACCAUCGAAUGCAAGAUCUACGAUGAUCAGUCGAUUAAAACUGAAACUAAACAAGAACCAGUGUCCGAUGAUGAUGAUUUUAAAUUUCAUGUCAUGAACUGA